CGGACGUUUGUUGAGUUACCAGCGUUCAAUUUUGUUUAUAGAGGUCGUAACACACCUCGAAAAUGGCUCAGCUGCAGUCCACCCGUGCCCUCGAGGCUGUUUCGUCUGUGCGUGGCCGCCGCGCUGCUUUCAUGCCCGUGCACUGCAGCGCUAGCUCCAGCCGUGUGUCGAGCAGCGUCAGCAGCAGCGUGAGCAGCCGCCUGCAGCCCGCCCGCCCGGUCCGCUCAGCAACUUUUGGUCCCGGUAGCCCAGUUCGUUCCCGCUCGGCGGCCCUGUGCUCGGCCGUGGCAAACGGCAAGCUCAUCAGCAGCACGGAGGUUCCCGCGUUCAUCCCCCGCGAUGAUAUGAUGGACCAGCUGUUCCGGUGGACGAUGAUGGAGGCAGGCGAGAGCGGGCAGCGCAACUUCGGAAUGCCCAUGACAAUUGAGCCCGUCUACUUUGAGGAGCGCCUAUGGGGCUUCAACGUGGCCAUUUUCAAGGAGGGCGUGAAGCUGACUGACCUCGGGGUCAUGUUUGACAAGGAGGUCGUCACGAAGCACGAAUGGGUGGGCCGCGGCGAGGACGGCUUCCCGGUGAUGGAGGGCAAGGCCGAUGACGUCAAGGGCAAGAUGUUUGAGAUCUGGAAGAUGGACAGCGAGCCUGUGGGCGAGGACCUGCGCUCCACCAUCCGCGCCUACUGCACGGCGCUGGUGGCGGCGCUCAACCGCUACUACGCCUUCGGCUCCGUGUUCGUGGACGACGCGCAGUAGGGAGCAGGCAUGGGAGGGGAGGAGCAGGCAGGCGGCAAGGGGGCGUGCUGCAGGGUUGGAGCAGGGCGCUCGGGCAGAGUGAAGGCGGAUGGGCACGGCGUUUGGCGGGCUUAGGACGAGGAGGAGGUGGAGGCGCAGGAGGAUAAGGCACGGCGGUCGAGUGGACUGCCGUGGGCGGUGCCGGUUGGCGCCGGCCGCGACAGCGGGAGCGGGAGCGGGAGCGGGACCGGCACGGGGCGCAGGUCGCAGCGUGCGGAGCGAUUCAGGGCAGGCACGUCGCGCGGGUGGCUCGAAAGGUUGCCAGGGGCUGAUCUCGUCGGUCAAGCCGGGGUGCCCUGUUAUACGUGAUCCGUGGUGGUUGGGAUCUAUGGGGCGCGCAACUGCUGGUCUGGUUGCGGCUGUGGGUUGUAGCCGCCUGCCGCAUCGGCGGCUGGAGGUGCAGCGGUAUCAAACAUGCGUUGAUCGGGAAGGUGGUGUGGCGUGCUGUGUUCCGGGCAUCGGGCUUGAAGCAGCAUUGCUUGUCUUGCGCUUCGGCGCACCGGGGGACGUUUGAUGUUUUUUACAGUCUAUGUAUGCAAGUAUGUUGGUUUAGCCCUAUCGAGGGGCCUGUGUGCUGUGCGGUGCAGGCCGACGUGUUCGGCGGAUGCCAGCACAGCCGCAGACGUUUAUUCUUUUGUCGUUCGUUUGUUGGUCAGUGACAGUCCACUGGCGAGGGUGCUGUAAUGAAAGCCUUGCAUCUAGAGCACGCACAGACCCGGUAUCAUAGGGGUAUCACAAGGCGGCAAGGAUUGCCCGCGGUUGUGUCGGCGGCGUGUUAAUGCGGGAGACCUCUCCAACCACUCCCAUUAAUGGUUGUGCU